AUGGCGCCGCCGUCGCCGCCGUCACCGGCGCGGCCUCUUCGUGGCCGUUUUCCUCCCGAGAGCACGCCCGCCGACCACAGGCGCCUCACUGGCUCAGCACCGCCUCUCCUCGCCAGCAAGACAGGCUCUGGAGGGAGGAUGAUAACCAUGGAUCCAGAGAUUCUUCAGUUACAGUACAUGGCCCUCCGGACAUUUUUGAAGGUUCUGAAAAAACAAGUCUUGAUAAACUUCCAGAGUUUUAAUACUCCUGCAUUGAACUAUCUCUGCACAUUAUCUCUGUUGGCAGACGAGGCACUGCUGGAUAUCUUGAGCUAUAUACAUUCUCUUGUGCCACUACGGGAUGCUGCUCGUGCUGCAUGUGUAUCUCAUCGAUUUCGAAGUUCCUGGAGAUGCUUUCCUAACCUCACAUUCAAUCUGGAAACAUUGGGCUUGAAUAAGCAUCAGCACAGAGAAGACGAAGGAAGAGCAAAGAAUGUGGUGGAGUCAGCAUUGGGCUUGAAUAAGCAUCAGCACAGAGAAGACGAAGGAAGAGCAAAGAAUGUUGUUGACAGAGUCAACCACAUUCUUCAGAACCACUCUGGUGUUGGUGUGAGGACUCUUGAGCUUAAUCUUCGCGCUUGUCGUGAUGUCAUAACAGCUGAUUAUGUGGAAAGCUGGCUUAAACUUGCUGUUAAGCCUGGAAUCAUGGAACUUGGUGUUUAUCUGCCUUCAGACCUGGCAUACAACUUUUCAUGCUCGCUUUUCUCCGACGAGGCUACAAGCUCGCUUGAGUCUCUUUUCCUCUUAUGUUGUGAUUUUCAUCCGACAUCAGGAACUGGUUGCUGGAGAAGCUUGACGAGUGUGUGCCUGUCCUCUGUCCGAAUCACCGAGGAGGGACUUGGGUGCUUUCUUGCCAGUACUUUUGCCUUGGAGAAGUUGUCUCUAUCGGGUUGCAAUGAGAUGGUUAUCUUGAAGAUACCUUCUCUUCUGCAACAUCUGAGUUUCCUUGAGGUGUCACAUUGCAGAAUGGUACAGAUAAUAGAGAGUGAUGCUCCAAAGCUCUCCACUUUUAGCUAUGUAGGGCGCCCCAUAAAAAUAUCAUUCGGGGACUCGUCUGUGGUGAAGAACAUGUAUGUGAGUAGUUCAUCAGACUCUGGUAUUGUCCAAUUCGCUCGGACCAGGCUUCCCUCGAUUGCUUCGAAUCUCCAAACUCUUACCCUAUCAACAUAUAGAGAGGCGUUCAGUACACCAAUGGUGCCUGACAAAUUCCCCCAUCUGAAGAACUUGGAUAUUUAUCUUACUGGAAGAGACAAUUUCAGAGGCUAUGAUUUCUUCUCUCUGGUUUCUUUUCUAGAAGCUUCGCCUGCCUUGGAAUAUUUCAACUUGUUUGUAAGUAUGCUAACCUAUUUAAGCCACUGACAUGUUGAAACCACCAGUUUUCAGUCUCUGGAUGUAUUUUCAUUUACUCCGCUACCUAAAGAUAUUUUUUGAACAUUAUUAUGAUGUUGUGAGGUCUUCAAUACAUCAAGCUGUUAGAGGAUAGUGACAUCAGUGUUGGUUGAUCCUACGCAGGCAGGUGAACAUGGAAAUUUAAGGCGUGAUUCGAUUCUUGGAGACUCCAGCCGAGAAAUGCGGCGGGUUCCAGGGUUCCACCAUGACAGCCUCAAGAGAUUGUGCAUCACUGGAUUUUGCUCCGCGAAGAGCAUGGUUGAGCUGAUAUGUCAAGUUCUCGAGAACACCCCGUCACUGCAAGUUUUAGUGCUCGACACCACCCUUGGUUUUGACAGCGUAUUUGUGCCACCUGGCAAAUGCCACAUCAUGGGCAAAGAAGCUCUCGACGAAGCUAAUAGAGCUGUUGAGGCUUUUAGAAUGCAUGUCGAGGGAAAAGUACCCUCAAGUGUUGGCUUCAUGGUUUGGGAGCCUUGCAAACGGUGCAAUACUCCCAAAUUUAUACAUACCUAGGUUAAGUUGAUGUGGAAAGUGGGCCCAGCUUGAUUUAUAAGCUAUAUUAUGUAAAGAAGAUCAGCUCAGAUUUUGUAACUUCAUAACCACCGAGUCGUGUAGGCUGUUGU